AUGUUUGAAUACAUAACAGAGAGUGUUGGGUGUGGUUGGUGCUACAAUUCAGAUAAUCCUUUGGAAGGAACAUGCACCCCUGGUUCCUUUACCAACUCUGAUCAUGGGACAUGUAACAUCAUCAACACCUCACAGAUUGAAAACUCGACUAGCAGUUCAAUCGGUAAGAACAGAAGCAUGACUGACCCUUCUUCCUUGGAUACUAGUUUUGCCUGGGCAUAUGAAGAAUGUCCUGACAUUGAUGAAUGCAAGCUUAAUAUCCAUAAGUGUCACUCCAAGGCGACCUGUAAAAAUGUACCCGGCAGUUAUUUGUGUUCAUGUAACAAAGGAUUUGCAGGAGAUGGAUUUAAUGAAUGUCGUCGAAGCUGCUUGGAAACUUGUGAACGCGGAUUCUGUUCAGGAGAACCACAUUUCCAGUGUAAGUGUAACCUGGGCUGGACUGGACCAGCUUGUGAUAUAGAUUGUGGUUGUAGUUUCCACAGUACUUGUAGCCAGGGUGUUGGCUUCUGUGAUCAGUGUCUUAAUUAUACCUCAGGUGCGACAUGUCAGUUUUGUGAGUCUGGAACAUAUGGAGAUGCGGUUUCAAGCUCCGGAUGUACACCUUGUCAUUGCAACGGUCACGAGGACAGAAACAAGGGGAUUUGUGAUCCGAAAACCGGAAUAUGUUUCUGCAAAGCAAAGUUCCACGGAGACAGGUGUGAAAAGUGUGCUGAAGGGUAUUCCGGUGAGCCAGUAAAUGGAGGGGACUGCCAUCAUGAUUGUUUUGCUAAAUCAGUUAUCAUUGGAGAACAGCAAGGUAUCAUCGGAGUGGUAAACAGUACAGGAGGAUUAAGAGAUUGUUUAUGGAUUGUCAGCUCUAAUCCUGGAUUCUCACUUGAUCCCCACACCCUUAAACAAGGACUGGACGGGGAUCCGAUCCCUGUUAGCCUCUCUCUAUUCAAAUCUAGGAUUGAUGUGAACUGCGAGGAUAACAAUGUAUAUAUUUACGAUGGUUUACCACCAGCAGUGAGCACUAUCAACAACUCUAGACUCCUUGCUGUUCUAUGCUCAGACAAUACAGCUGAGGAAGUUGUGAUGGUUGCUGAAUCUGGAUUAAUCAGCGUCGUAUACUCAGAGAAACCCGGAAGUCGUGGAUUCAACGCAAGUUUCCGUAUCGAGUCUUGUGGAUGCCACGGUGAACCAGAUUGUGAUUGUGAAAAGAAAGUUAAAAAAGACUCUGUGUGCCACAAUAAUUGCACACAAAACCAAGGAAUCUGUGAUUCAAGAACUGGAAGAUGUAGAUGUAAUCUUGGGUUUAUGGAAGAUGAUUGUUCUCAGAGGUCCGGUUUAAACCAGCUUCUGUCCAGCAAAAUAGAACUCGAGGACAGUAAUGGAAUUCUCUCAAGAAUUGGACAUUCUCUUAUAAGUGAUUCCAACGGUGUGCUUUGGUUAUUUGGGGGAUAUCAUCCUGACAGAGGAAUAUUACAGGAUUUGAGAGCGUUUGAUACCAAGACGGAAAUGUUUAAAAUUGUCAACUUUCAAACAUUGGAGAAGACCUCGGAGCUCUCCUCUCCUCCACCUAGAUUGUUCCAUGCUGCCUGCUAUGCCCUGGAGUCGAACUCCCUAUAUAUCCAUGGUGGGAUGAAUUUUAAUGAAGAGCUCUCAGAUUUUUGGAGAUUUGAUCUUAAUGAUCUUGUUUGGGAGUCAUUGACUCAUACGAUAGAGAAGCGUAGUAUAGAUAAUGAGAAGGUUGAGAUCUCGCUUGCAGGUCAUACGCUCACCUAUAUACCAGACUCAAGAUCCAUUCUCAUCAUAGGCGGAUAUUCUCAGGAUACAGGUUUGAACGGUGUUGUUUACGAGUAUCUCCUGCAGUACAGUACAUGGAAGAGGAUUAAAACAACUGGUUUCCCUCCAACAAGUUUGUUUGGACACACAGCUUCUUAUAUUCAAGGGAUGAAAACCCUGUUUGUAUUUGGUUUGGUUGGGAGCUCUGCAAGCAGUGAUUCAAGCCAAAGUUAUCUCUACUGCUUGAAUAUUGAUACAAAAGUCUGGUCUGUUUUACCCUUCAGUCCUAAACAUUCUAAAGCUGUGUACUCCAGCGGAAAUACUAUUAGUGGUCGAAUGUUCCACUCUGGAGUAGAGACUCCCAACUCCUUGAUUUUCCUUGGAGCAGAUCCACCAAACAGCAAGCUCAACACCAUUCUAGUUUUCUGGCUGGAGUGCCUCCAAUGGGUUAAAAUCACUGCUGAAAAACAGGAUUUUAAGUUCAUGCGGAAACAGACUGAAUGGAUUGGUCCGGACUUUGAUUCUAAUUUCGGAGCCAGGUCUGUGUUCAGCCAAGGUUCCAUCUAUACAAUAGGCGGCGUAAGAGGCAUUUACAGAACGUACAUUUCAAGAAUUCAACUCUCGCAGGAUGUAUGUAAUCUGUUUUCACUCAACCAGAUCGAUUGCUUAGAUAUCACAGGCUGUAACUUUUGUAACCAAGGAAACUCCUCUGUAUGUUUCUCUGAAUAUCGGGCCAGUCAGGUCUCCCAGGAAACUGGAGAUCUGUACGCCAGGGAACCCGGAGACCUGCACGCCCGGGAACCUGGAGAUCUCAAAAUCUGCUCCCAAGAUGACAUUGUAAAGGGCCAAGUUUGUGACCAGAACUGGAUUUCACAGAAUGAUCGUGACUGUAAAAGUCUGAGUAGUUGUGGUGAAUGCUUGGUCGAAUGGCCGGUUUUUGGUGGAUCCCCUAUUCAGUCACAUUGCCAGUGGUGCCAUGGGUGUGACAGAGGAGGCAAAUGUGUUCCACGUGGUUUGGAUUGUUCUACAGAAAACCUCUGUUACUCACAACAAAAAUCUAUAGAAUUAUCUGGUGAGUGUCCUGAGCUUGAAUGUUCUGCUACUUCCUGCACAAACUGCCUGGAUUCAAAUUGUUUUUGGUCAAAACAAUUCACAAGAUCUGGAAAGCAAAGAGUGAGUGUAGGAGAGGAUGGGGUAGGUUGGACGUGUCAGCGUAAAUCUUUGCUUCAUAUUCUAGAAAAGGCAAAUAAAACCCAAAUGGUCAUUGGUGAAACUUCUCCGCCUCUACCCUGUCCAUCCCCUUGCCACGCCCUCCAGGACUGUCAGGCAUGCCUAGAAGGGGGCGGAGCAGAUGCAGGUGAUGAGGGGUGUGUCUGGUCGGUGAACCUAGGCCGAUGUCUGAGUGCUGUUCUCAAGCCUAUGCUAUGCCUGGGAGGUAUAUGCGGAAAGGUGUUAAAGUCAGGAGACUCCUGCCCCCCGAACUGUAAAGAGAUGAGAACCUGCUCCUCCUGCCUCAAGCAAACCCCCUGCGGAUGGUGCUCCUUCACACAGGAGACAGUUCAGGGGAUAGGGGUUUGUGCACAGGUACAGAUAGGACAGAGAAAGGGAAGGGAAGAGAAGGGAAGAGAAGGGAAGAGAAGGGAAGAGAAGGGAAAAGAUUAUACUGGAGAAUAUGUCCUGAGGUGA